UUUCCAUUGCUACAGUAAAUAAUUGCAAUUCUGGCACACGUAGUUACAGUGUACACAAAACUGAUAUCCUAAUUUGGAUUUUUUAAAUAUAAUGAUACAUGCACUUUUUAAAUUAUAUUUUAUCCAAGCAUUUUUUUAAAAUUACAUUUUAUACAUGCACCAAAUGGAACACGGACGUCACACUAGAGCGCCCUACGUUGCAAGUGGUGUAAAAACUACAGUUCUCAAAUAAGUUCUCAAUUCGUCAAAUGUAAUUCAAUGGACGAAGGGUUUGUGGAUUGUCAUUGUCAUAUUUCUGCUCAAGAGUUUGACGAGGACUUGGAUGAUGUGAUACAGAGAGCCAAACAGGCUGGAGUCAAGACACUGGUUUCAGUGACAGAAAAGGCCAGUGAGUUUGAAAGAGUUAUACAGCUAUCUAAAAUCUACCCUGGUCUGGUGGCACCAUGCCUGGGAAUUCACCCUGUUCAAGGCCCUGGGUCCCAGGAUCUGUGCAGCGUGACAGUACAGGACUUGGAGCCCGCCCUUCCCCUGUUUCAGAAGUACAGGGAAGACAUUGUGGCAAUUGGUGAGCAGAUCGGUCUCGACUUCACGCCGUGGUACACCCCCCACGCCCAGCAACGUGAGGAGCAGCAGGCGGUUUUCAGAAAGCAGCUGCAGAUAUCCAAAGAACUCGAUCUGCCUGUGAACGUCCAUUCCCGAUCCGCUGCGAAGGUCACCAUAGGCAUCCUCAAAGAGCAGGGUAUUACCCGUGCACUGCUGCACAACUUCGCGGGGAGGCCGUCAGUUGCCCUGGAGGGGGUUCAGAUGGGGUAUUACUUCUCUUUCCCCCCAGCUGUCUGCAGAAAUGAGCAGAGAGUCCGGCUGAUUAAACAGAUCCCACUGGAGCAUAUCUGCCUCGAGACAGACUCCCCUGCUUUGGGGCCAGACAAACAUGUGAGAAAUGAACCCAAAAAUAUCUCUCUGUCGUCGGAGUAUAUAGCACAAGUGAAAGGAAUCCCACCGGAGAGAGUCGUCGAGACCACGACACAGAAUGCGCUCAAAUUAUUCCCAGGAAUUAAGACGAGCACACCGAAAUAAUUGUCCAAAAUGCUAGAAUUGAAGCUGUAUGAAUCUGUUUAGAUUAAUGGUAUUUCUAAUAAAAUGCCUUUGUAUAUGUCA